AUGGCAGCGAUUCGACUUCGAACCGAAGGAGAUAUAGAAGCAUGCCUCCGAGUGCUCAGGACUGUUUAUGACACUAGUGGAUAUCCUGUAGAGGGGGUUGAAGAUCCUGCACUAUUCUUCGGAAAAGAUGAGGCGUCCUGGGUUGCCGAGGUCGACAAUACUAUCGUGGGUCAUGUCUCUCUAGCAAAAGCUAGUCCCGAUAACGUCGCCGUGGUCCUUUGGCAGCAGCAACAUCCCGAAGACAUUCACACAUCAGUCCUUGGAAGGCUAUUUGUUCACCCGAAUAAUAGGAAAGGCGGCACGGCUAGUAAACUCAUCAACACUGCCGUCGAGGAAGCGCGGAGGAGAGGGCGACGGCCAGUUAUGUUCGCAUUGGUCAAGGACCAGGAUGCUAUUCGCCUGUAUCGCAGGUUGGGUUGGCAGCGCUUCGGCAACACUGUCUAUAAAUGGGGAGACGGGAACGAAAUGGCUGCCGAGUGUUUUGCAAGCCCCGUUCCAUGA